UCGCUAAGUCGCUACCGCUCUCGAGGCUCGCACAUCGCCGGCGAGGUGUAGUGUAGGACGUAGGAUCACGUCAGAUCACGUAGGAUAGUAUUACGGCGAAAUGUCCGUUACACUAUGCGCCCAGCUGCUUCCCUCAUCGAAGAACGCGAUGUUGCUGUUGAGUCGAAGGACAAUACAUGGAGGUUUUGGUACUGCCAGUCUAUUACAGGUAGCUUCCUCAACGCAGGCUCCAAACAAAAAUAUCCUCACGAUGCCUAGCACGCCUGCCGCGAAAAGUAUACGACCGAGAAUUGGAAGACUGGAAAGGACGCUGAAAAAGUGGGGUAUUCUAGAUCUUCAAAAAUAUAGAAAUAUGCAUUUGGGCUAUAAUGUGUACGAACAUGUAAUUGGUCAAGUGGACUAUCCUUUCUUCUUUAAACAUUUUAAUCUGCCGGAUACACUUUUCUCUUGGUUUCUGGUGACAGAGCUUCAUGUAUGGAUGAUAAUGGUUCGCUACAUGGCAGAUGAACAAGAUGGGAAGGUUGUCAGGAAUAAUGCGGUAUCAGCAAUGUGGGAUGAUACGAAGGCCAGAAUAGAGAACCUUGGUCAAGUCAAGAACUCAGUUAAACAGAAACAAAUAAAGGAAAUAUCGUAUCAAUUCAAUGCUGCUAUAAUAGGUUACGAUGAAGGCAUACAAGCUGAUGAUAAAACAUUGGCAGGAGCAUUGUGGAGACGCUUCUUUCAUUCAGAAUGUAACAAUCCGGAACAUGUUGAAACGCUUGUCCAUUAUGUUAGGAAACAGAUCUGUUUAUUCGACAGUUUACCAAAUAAUGAAGUUUUAAGAAAACCUGUUUUAAAAUUAAUAGACAUAAAAAGUUUGUGUAAGCAUCAACAAUAAUGUUUACAGUUAAAUAAAAAUAACAGAUAAUGUAAAAUAUGUUAUUCUUGUAAAUACAUAAUAUUAUUAUGAAAAGCGAUUGUACAAAUAUAGUAAUAAAUGUAGAAUGUUACUCUUUCGUGAA